GGUACUCUGUGAAUUUCUUGUUCCGGGUCAACCCCCUUUGAUGCGCUUAGUGAAGAACAUACGUCAAUAGCUAUUAAACGCGUACCUUGCAAAGUUAAUUUUCAGUCAAGGUUUGAAGAGCAAAGCGGGAAAAUACCUCAACGCAAUGCAAAGGCCACAUUUUCGGCAUCCGCGCCCGGGUCCAAGGACUGCAGGUUUCCGCAGUCCGCCUCCAGCUUUCGACAGGACAGGGAGUAUGGUUCCGUCGCCUCCGUGGGCAUUUUCAACACCGCCACCGCCGUUUGGACCGAGAUUUGGACAGUAUUCCCCAAAUACACCGCCGAGGGAGUUCUUUGGUAAUAGGGGUGGCAGCGGUGGGAAACAUUUUAGCGGCCAGCCGCCUGGUCACACACCGCGCAGGUUGAACCCGAGUCCCCGGGGCACACCGUACAGACGCUCGCCGUAUGACAAUUCGGGACGACACGCCGAGCACCAGGGUUCACCACGGACAUCCACACCAUUUGGGUCAACGCAUGGCAGGGAGAGAGGGACAAAUGAUAUGGAAAAGUAUUACAAACCUACAAUGCUACAAGAUCCCUGGGCUGACCUAAAGCCUAUCUCAGUCACAGAAACUGAGUCUAAAAGCAACUCCCAGCAAACCACAAACACAGGCAGACCAGGAAGGUAUUAUAAUUGAAGCAAAGUACAUUUCAAGGAAAUGUAGUCAAGCUUACCUUAAAAAAAGAAAGCAGUCCCAUUUCAUUAAUGCGACACUGCUAUUGAAGAUUUUUUAAAUGGGAGUCUACCAACACAAAGAUAAACUUUUAUUUGGGACUUGAUUCAGGAUUCACCAGCAAUAGUUCUUGAGAAUUUGCUCCAAACUAUUUUUUUUAAAUUGUGUACUUUCUUGUACAAAGAGACUUUUUGUCUUUUAUAUCUUUUUCACAGGAUCAGAAAACUUUGUUGCGGUAGCACACGGCAAGCUAUUCAACCUAGUUUGUCAUUUUGGCCAACUCCCAUGGAGUUUGCUGAUGCGCUUAAUUCAGAGGCACACCUAUUAAAAAUACUGUCUUACAAAAGAGGUCAUAACA